ACUUCCGGGGCGCCUUCAUCGCUAUCGGAAGAAUGGCGGACAUGGACGAACUAUUCGGGAGUGAUGGGGACAGCGACAACGAGCAAAGGGCAGCCUCUGCAGUUGGCUCUGGCUCUGGUUCAGGUUCUGAUUCAGAGCCGGAGAGGCCCAGGUCCCGUUCCCAUAGUAACGCUUCCGGAAGUGGCAGUGAGGGGGGUAGAGACGAGGAGGAGGAUGAUGAUGAUGAUGAAGGUCAAGACGGGGGAAAGCCCAACACUAAGGAACUUUUCGGUGAUGACAGUGAAGAGGAACACCGUGGCCAGCACAGCGGCAGCGACAACCAAUCAAACGUGUCGGAACACUCAGGAAACCAAUCGGACGCUAGCAUGCACUCGGAGCCGGAGGACAAUGACCAGUCCGAUGCAGAGCAGCACAGCGGAUCGGAGAGAGGGCACCAUGAGGACGAGGAAGAAGAUGGAGGUCGGAGGUCAGAGGCGGGCAGUCCGGUGUCAGGCGCAGGAAGUCCCCUGUCUGGGAGGGGAAGUGCUGGCUCUGAGAGGAGUAUCCAUAGCGAUCCUGGAACGCCCCAGUCAGCUCCUGGCACCCCACACUCAGCCCCCGGAACACCCCACUCAGAUGGGGAGGGCUCAGGCAGGGAGAUCCAGUCAGAGGACGAAAAGUGGGGAGGAGGGGCUAAGAGUGACCAGUCAGAUGAUGAAGAGGAGAAGCGGCACCAAUCGGACGAAGAGAGAGAGAAUUCUGAGGAAGAGGGGGCGGGGCACAGAAGCCGGAAGAAGUCAGAGUCAGCCAAGGGCAGUGACAGCGAGGAUGACUUCAUCGGACGGAAGAACAAAAAGAAGAUUCAGACCGAUUCAGACUCGGACAGCGAUAUUGGAGACGGGAAAAAAAAUAAGAAGCCAGCAGCGGACGAUCUGUUUGGAGAAGCAGACGACAUCUCCUCAGACAGCGAUGCAGAGAAACCCCCCACACCAGGCCAACCCCUGGACCAGGAGGAGGGGAUGGACAGGGAGCAGCCAGAGGAGGAGCCCGUCCCAGAGACCCGUAUUGAGGUGGAGAUCCCGAAGGUCAACACUGAUCUGGGAUCAGACCUGUAUUUUGUGAAACUACCCAACUUCCUGUCUGUGGAGCCCAGACCUUUUGAUCCUCAGUACUAUGAAGAUGAGUUUGAAGAUGAGGAGAUGCUGGAUGAAGAGGGACGCACCAGACUGAAACUCAAGGUUGAAAACACCAUCCGGUGGAGAGCCAAGAAAGAUGAGGAGGGGAACGAGACCAGGGAGAGUAAUGCUCGAAUCGUCAAGUGGUCUGAUGGAAGCAUGUCCCUCCAUCUGGGUAAUGAAGUGUUUGAUGUGUAUAAAGCUCCUCUCCAAGGGGACCACAACCAUCUGUUCAUCAGACAGGGAACUGGGCUACAGGGACAGGCCGUGUUCAAGACCAAACUCACCUUCAGACCCCAUUCCACAGACAGCGCCACCCACAGGAAGAUGACCCUCUCUCUAGCUGACCGCUGCUCCAAGACCCAGAAGAUUAGAAUACUGCCCAUGGCUGGACGAGACCCUGAGUCUCAACGCAAUGAGAUGAUUAAGAAAGAGGAGGAGCGCCUGCGUGCGUCUAUCCGCCGGGAGGGCCAGCAGAGGAGGAUGCGGGAGAAGCAGCACCAACGAGGGCUGAGUGCCGGCUAUCUGGAGCCCGAUCGCUACGACGACGACGAGGAGGGCGAUGAGGCCGUCAGCCUGGCCGCCAUCAAAAGCAAAUACAAGGGAGGAUCGGGACUUCGAGAGGAACGUGCUAGGAUCUACUCGUCUGACAGCGAUGAGGGUUCGGAUGAUGAUAAAGCCCAGAGACUGCUCAAGGCCAAGAAACUGGACUCGGAUGAGGAAGGGGAGGGUUCAGGGAAGAGGAAAGCUGAUGAUGAGGAGGGGGAGAUUGAACCCAAGAAAGCCAAGAAAUACGUGAUCAGCGAUGAAGAGGAUGAGGAAGAUGAUGAAUAAUCUUUUUUUUUUUUUUCAUUCCACUGGGUCAUCAGUGUUGUGUCCGAUGCCUCUUGGCGUAGAAAUUAACUUUUCAUUUGUUUUUUUGUAUAUUUUUUUAGUGUGUGUGAGUGAGAGAGAGAGAGAGAGAGAGAGAGAGAGUGAGUGAAUGAGUGAGUGAGAGAGUGAGAGGAUCUCUGUACAGCUGUAGUUAUCCAAUAAAGUAGAAGAUGAACUACAUGUUUACCUUAGUGACCAA